AGGGCGUGAAGCCCCGCGUCUGCCACCGGUUUGAGGUUCAGCACCAUGGAGAGCUCCCGCCUGUGUCUCCUCACUCUGCUGAGCGCCGCUCUGCUCCUGCACUCCCACUGCCAGGAAUCGGACCUGGAAUCCAGAUCCCUGGACCACUCCUCAGCCAAAGAGGACUCCUCUCAGGAAAAGGAGCUGAUUGAAGCUUUGCAGGAAGUUCUGGAGAAACUCAAAAGCAAGAGGAUGCCAACCUAUGAGAAAAAGUUCGGCAUGGUCCCAAUGUGCGAUGCUGGGGAACAGUGUGCAGUGAGGAAAGGAGCCAGAAUUGGGAAACUCUGCGACUGCCCCAGAGGAACCUUCUGCAACUCAUUCCUUUUGAAAUGUUUGUAGAGAACAAAGAUCACACACAUAGGCACUCAUAAUAAAAACAUUGCUUCAAGAACAUCCGACUGCUUGAAAUUAAUCUCAAACCAAACAUAUUCUACUUACCAAAAAAAAGGAUGGUGUAAAAAAAAAGGUUAUUUCUACUGCAAUGUAGAUCUAGUGUGGGAAAUAUGAAAUAAGUAGGAGAUGAUGUUUUCAGCAUAACAAUGUUGUGUACAGUUGCAUUUUUGUUUCUUAUUGGUGACAAGUGUUUCUGCCUGUAUUAGUUAAUGAGUUUGAGUUUACUCACAAUAUUCUAAGUGUUUAACUUCCUUGUCACAGAGGUGUGACCUGUAUUUAUAAAACUGUAUUUUUGUAUUUAGAAUGCAUUAAACCUACUAAUAAAAUCAGUUAUAGGCA